UUUAUUUGAGAGAUAUUUCACAUUUGCAUGUAACUUUCCCUACCAAGCAUGACGAGCUUAAUAUAAACAGUAAAAUGAAAAUGAUAAUAAUUCUAUUUCAUAUACAAGAUUUUGCCUUAUCUCCCGUCGUCAUUCCGGAAAUCAAAACACUAACGUAUAGUAAACAAUGCUGAUAAAAAAAUUUCUUAUGUUUACUCAUUUCUCAGAAAAACUGAUAGCUAAUCUCGUACCCGGACUUAGGACAGGUAAAAACCUUCCAUUCAUAAGCUUUCGAGACGUUCACUCGAACAACAUCUGACGCUCCGUUUAAAACUUCUUCCGACUACAGUGUUUUCAUUUUUCCCGUUGGCAUUUUUAUUGGAGAAUGCUGGAGGCAUUUUCGAACGAAGUCAUAUGGAUUGUGGUGUUUAGUUUUAUAAUUGCAUUUUUCUUGGCUUUCGGAGUCGGGGCAAAUGAUGUGGCUAAUUCUUUUGGGACUUCUGUUGGCUCCGGUGUGCUAACUCUAAAGCAAGCAUGCAUUCUGGCGACGAUAUUUGAGAUACUUGGAGCCCUUUUGAUGGGUUAUAAGGUAUCGGAUACCGUAAGGAAAGAUAUAUUUGAUCUUGAGAUGUAUACAGAUGAAGAAAAGCAUUUAAUGAUGGGAAACUUGGCUGCUUUAUUUGGUAGUGCUGUAUGGAAUAUUUCGGCAACGUUUCUGAAACUUCCUAUAUCUGGAACCCACAGCAUUAUUGGAGCUGUUCUCGGCUUCACUUUUGUAGCUAAAGGAUUCCGUGGGAUAUAUUGGAAGACUUUGGGUUUCAUAGUUGCAUCCUGGUUUCUGUCUCCUCUUCUCUCUGGUCUGGUCUCCGUGGCAAUCUUCCUUCUCAUCCGAAGAUUCAUCUUAAGCAAAGAAAAGCCAGGGGAAGCCGGCCUAACAGCUCUUCCCAUUUUUUAUGGUUUUACGGUUUUUGUGAAUGUCAUUUCUAUUGUACUUGAUGGAUCACCGGUGCUGGCGCUGGACAGGAUUCCGUCAUGGGUAGCAGUGUUAAUUGCUGCAGUUAUCGCUAUUUCAGUAGCCAUAUUUAUCCGACUUAAAGUAGUUCCCAAAGAGAGAAAUAAAGCGGCUACUACGCGAGAACAAAACGAGCGAGCUUUAGAAAGUCCAAUCUCCCCUGAUGAAGAUGUCGAUACAACCGAUGAUAACCGUCCUGAGGUUUCAGUUCUUUUCAAGAAUCUCCAAGUAAUGACUGCAGUUUUUGGAUCAUUUGCUCAUGGAGGCAAUGAUGUGAGUAAUGCUAUAGCUCCUCUUGUCAGCCUAUGGUUAAUCUAUUCUAAUAACCCUGAUGGAGAAACACCUGCUUGGCUUCUGGUCUAUGGUGGAAUAGGCAUUAGCGCUGGAUUAUGGAUUAUGGGUCGGAAAGUCAUACAAACAAUGGGUCAAGAUCUGACUAAAAUAACACCAACAAGUGGCUUUACAAUUGAAAUUGGAUCAGCAACAACUGUUUUAAUGGCAUCAAAGAUAGGCUUGCCUAUCAGCACAACUCAUUGUAAAGUUGGUUCUGUAGUAUUUGUGGGAAUUGCUCGAACCAAGAGCACAAAAGACGUGGAUCUGAAGUUGUUUCGAAGUAUCAUAUUAGCCUGGCUUGUGACACUGCCAUUUACUGCCGUUUUCUCAGCCCUCAUGCUUUUUAUUUUAUAUGCAAUCACAGUUCCAUGAAGAGCAUUUUAGGACAUUUGAAAGACGCUUGUGAUAAGACAGAUAUAAGAGACUUGUUGAAAUCGCAGUUUUAUUUGGUUUUCACAAGCCAAAAUACAAGUAAGGCAUGCCAGCAUAACAUUAACAACAAAAUAUUGAUUAUCAAAUGUUCAUUAACAGGGAAACAUUCAUAACGAGAAAUGGCUUUACAAUAUUAUAUGUAUAGAGUGAGCAUAAAUAUAUCAACAUUACUCCAUAGAUGCUGAACGGAAAGUUAUAUUCUCUUGAGUCUAGCACUACUAAAAAUGAACAAAUACUUAAGAUUUAUUAAAGAGCUUUAAAUAUAAAUUUCAUAAACAGUGAUGACAUAAGCUAAAAUACUGAAAUUAUAAACCAUGAAUAGGGUAAGAAAAUUUAAAGACGGUUCUGAACAAUUCUCAUUGAGCACCACUUCGUUUUCAAAAAUCUCAGAAAUCCACUUUGAUAACACAAAUUACCUCCAUGGUAGGAAAUGGAACUCAUAACAUGCGUUUAUACAAAAUUCUUUAUUUAUAUGAUUUUUUUUUCAAAGGUACUUAUUUUUUACACAUCUUCUUAGCUUCAGAAUUUUGUGAUAGCAUAAUAAAUUUCAUGGCAAUACUCAUUUGCUACAAAAAAUAUUUUAAAAUCAAAAUAACUAGCAAUAAACACAGAUUAAAGUUAAAAUUUUGUAUCAAUAUAUAAUUAGAUUUUAUAAAGAAUUUAUUUAUCAAUAGAGAGAAAAAUUCGUUGAAUAUCGUUUCGAAAAUAUUUUACAACCUGAAGUUCUCAAAAAAAGAAAUUUACUUCCUUCAUUAUUCUUAAAGAUUCUUAGAUUUUGAUAAGAUAAUAAUAAAUUAAAUUUAGAGAAUAGUAUUUAGUAACCUAUAAAAUAAAAUUUCUGAUACAAUUUUAGAAUGCUUUUAU